CGACAAAUGACAUUCAAUUAAUACAAUUUGUUUUUAUUUAUGGUCUUGUCUCUUGCCUUGCUCGUAAAAAUUAAUAAUAUCCAAUUUAAAAGAUUUUUGUUUCCUCAAAAUGAGUUUGGGAAACUGUUUCGAGAAUGUUAAUAUGCCACAGUGCAUCUGGUUUGACGGGGGAGAUAAAAGAAAUGCUUAUGCUUCAAUGCUAGCUGGAUUAUUGUUUUUUGCUGGUUGGUGGGCUGUUAUAGAUGCUGCUAGUGUUCACCAAAAUAUUCUAGCUGGAUAUCACAUGUGUGGUGUUGUGGGGACCUUAUCUUUGAUCAUGGUGAAUUCUGUUUCAAAUGCUCAAAUGAGAGGAGACGUCUAUGAAGGAGGUUGUAUGGGCUCUCGUGGUACCAGAAUUUGGCUUUUCUUGGGAUUUGUAAUGGGAUUUGCUGCAGUUAUUGCAUCCUGUUGGAUUCUUUUUGCAGAUUUUAUGAAAGAAGGUUAUCGUUGGUCUGGAGUUUCCUUAUUCCUUCAAAAUGCACUUAUAUUCAUUGCAUCUAUAAUAUACAAAUUUGGAAGGUCUGAAGAUGUUUGGGGAUAAUUAUGUGCAGCUUUAAGAGUUGAGUGGUGAAUAUUGUGAUAGUUUAGGGAGAAAGUUCAUUUUAUUUUAUUAUUUUGAUUUUUAUAACAGAUGUUAUAACUAUAACACUCACACUAGAAGUUUCUUAUUCAGGUUUUUGCUUGUAUUUUCUUAACUAAUGUGAAUUCAUGUAGUUCUACUGUAAUAUACACUGUAUUUCUUACACUUCUGACCAAGUCUAAUGUAGUAUCAAUGGUAUUUUUCAUCAUUAAAGGAAUAUAAUAUAUAGAAAUAUA